AUGUCGUCACUUGAAGGUAAGGUCUACGCCUUCACUGGCGGCGCCAGCGGCAUCGGUUUAGCGACAGCCAAGAUCAUCGCAAAGCGGGGUGCUACCGUUUGCAUGGCAGACAUCGACCCCGACGCCAUGAGGGAGGCCGAGGCCUAUUUCGCAGAGCAAAAGACGCCAUUCUCGGUCACAAGAGUUGAUGUCUCCAAAAAAGACGAGGUUGAGAGCUGGAUAGGCGGUAUCGUCAAGCAGUUCGGUCGUCUGGACGGGGCUGCCAACGUAGCUGGCAUUAUUGGCAAGCACCAUGGCAUUCGGGGCGUUGCAGACCUUGAGGACGAGGAAUGGCACAAAAUCAUCGCCGUCAACUUGACGGGCUGCAUGUAUUGUCUCAGGGCGGAGCUUGGGAGUAUUGUGGAUGGUGGUUCAAUUGUCAACGUGGCUUCGAUUCAUGGCAUCAAAGGUACACCCCUCCUUAAACACGGCGCAUACGAUGCCAGCAAACAUGGUGUUAUUGGCCUUACACGUGCGGCAGCCAAAGAAAACGGAGCCCGCGAAAUUCGGGUCAACGCCGUAGCCCCCGGUGCCAUCUACACGCCACUGAUGGAGAAGGCCUGGAAGUUUCACAAUCGCCCAUCAGAUGCCGCCUUCGACGAGCCAACAGCGUUUCAACGCCAGGGCACUGCUGAGGAGUGUGGAAACGUCAUCGCAUUCCUGCUAGGCCCAGAAAGUUCUUUCGUCAGCGGGAGCGUUUACUCUGUCGAUGGAGCGUGGCUUUAA